AAACACAAUAGAAGAGUUUUUGUAUGUACAAAGGUAACAUGAGCAGCAGAUCUAGAGAUACAAGUCGGCAUUUCGCUUCUGGAAGUGCUAAGCGUAAAGCAAAAGAUGAAAGGGGAAAAAGAACGAAGCUGUUCUAUCAAAAACACGUAAGCUGAUCGAGUAUUUUAAUGUUCAGGGAAAUGUUGCUGAAUCUACAGAAGCUAAAAUCUCUUACAACAGAAUAUAUUUUGGAAAAAUCCUCAAGAAUGGUCAGUGCUUACGAAGAUGUUUUGGAGAACCUAGGUGGUGCAGUUUGCAGAGAUGUGGCUACUGUUAUUCACAGCAAGAAACAGGAGCCCCUUGAACAGCAAUUUUUUAAGCUUUUAUUAAAUAAUUCUUUAGAAUCGUGUUUCCAAACUUAUAAAUUUCCUUCCGUAUUUACUUGUCUCUCAUGAUCACUAACUGCAGUGACGAAC